AUGGAAUAUGAGGUUUCAGACUGCUCAGAUAUGAGCUCCUUAGCCUCGUCUCCACGGUCUUCGCCAGAGCCUGCGGCCCGGUACCUGACGCCGUCAUCCCAGGAGGGUGAGGAUUCUACGCGCCAAGACUGUCCUCCCGCGAAAAAGAGGAGACGCAACCCCCUACCCAAGGAGCGCACCACCCAGUAUCUCAAGCUAUCUGAAUCAUCCGACAGCCAAAAGGACCAGGCUAGAUUACUUGUCGAAACCCUCCGUCACCAAAAAGAUAUUGUCGUGAUCGCCGGAGCUGGCAUCUCCACUUCCGCGGGUAUUCCGGACUUUCGCUCCGCAGAUGGUCUGUUCAAGUCUCUACAGAAGAAGCAUAACUUGAAAGCAUCUGGUAAACUUUUAUUUGAUGCUGCUGUCUAUCAGGAUGACGCCUUGACGGCGCCCUUCCACGAACUAGUCCGGUCGCUUAACAUUGAGUCCGAAAAGACCACUCCAACUAAAUUCCACCAAAUGCUUGCCCGGUUGGGCAAGGAGAACCGUCUGAAGCGCCUGUAUACCCAGAACAUCGACGGAAUCGAGACAUCAAUGGCGCCGCUACAAACAGAAAUCCCCCUCAACAUCAAGGGCCGAUGGCCGGUUACUAUUCAGCUUCACGGCAGCAUUCAAAAAAUGGUGUGCCAGAAAUGCCGCUUCACAUCAGAUCUCGACCCCAACAUGUUCUUGGAAACUGACCCACCAGAGUGCGGGGAAUGCGCGGAGAACGACAGAGCCCGCCGGAUUGCUGAGCAGCGCAGCCAUGGUGUAGGACGCCUUCGGCCACGGAUUGUCCUUUACAACGAGCACAACCCCGAUGAGGAGGCAAUCACAUCCGUCAUGAACUCGGAUGUCAAGUCACGCCCUCGUGUCCUAGUUGUUGCCGGUACCAGCCUCAAGAUUCCUGGAGUUCGACGCCUCGUGAAGAGUCUCUGCGCUGUCAUCCGGACUCGAAAGGAUGGUGUCACCAUGUUCAUCAACAACGAGCCUCCAGUGGGCAAAGAGUUCGAGAACUGCUUCGAUCUGAUUGUGCAAGGAUCCACGGACCAGGUCGCGGACCUCGUGGGACUCAAGAGCUGGGAAGACUCCACCCCCUACGAAUCUUUGUUGCCAGAGCCCGUCUUCGGAAUCAAGGAGUGUCCAGACUCGGAAUCCUCCGAAACAGAGUCUGGCAAUAUCGCAGUCGUCAUUAGUACCCCACGGAAGCGACCACUAGUUGAGACUGGCCUGCUCACACCUUCAGCCAGCAAUGACGAGAAGGCAGAGCUACCGAUCAGGAAGGUCCCCAAAUUCGAACUCCCGGCAAGCAAGGGUCGCCCGAUCAAGGAUAUUCUGGGACCUUCCAAGGCAAAGAAAGCCCUGGCCAAGCCAGCGGCCCGCAAGAAGGUCGCUGGCACGGGAGCCAAGAAGCCCCGUGGCAAAUCUGCACCUGUAAAGCCAACGCAGAUUACCAGUUACACUACUGUUGGCAAAUCUGCUACAGUCGGUGUCUCCGCAGAGAAGCAAGUUGCCAACAAGCCGAAGGUGCUGGCUAGCGCCGUGUUUCCCAACCUUGCCCGCAAAUCUGCUGAUAAGGGUGUCACUGAGAUAAACCCUCUCCCCGUUGGCAGGGCGUGUCGCAGCUAA